GAGACGCCCUACACGUGCUCUGAGUGCGGGAAAAGCUUCAGGUGGCGCUUUCACCUUAUCAGACAUCAGAGAAUCCACACAGGGGAGACGCCCUACACAUGCUCUGAGUGCGGAAAAAGCUUCAAGCGGAGCUCUCACCUUAUCAGACAUGAGAGAAUCCACACAGGGGAGACGCCCUACACGUGCUCUGAGUGUGGGAAAAGCUUCAAUCGGAGCUCAACCCUUAUCACACAUCGGAGAAUCCACACAGGGAAGAUGCCCGACAAAUGCUCUGAGUGCGGGAAAAGCUUCAGGUGGCGCUUUCACCUUAUCAGACAUCAGAGAAUCCACACAGGGGAGACGCCCUACACGUGCUCUGAGUGCGGGAAAAGCUUCAAUCGGCGCUCAACCCUUAUCAGACAUCAGAGAAUCCACACAAGGGAGACGCCCUACACGUGCUCUGACUGUGGGAAAAGCUUCAAUCGGAGCUCAACCCUUAUCACACAUCGGAGAAUUCACACAGGGAAGAUGCCCUACACAUGCUCUGAGUGCGGGAAAAGCUUCAAGCUGAGCUUUGCCCUGAGCACACACAGGAGAAUCCACACAGGGGAGACGCCCUACACGUGCUCUGAGUGUGGGAAAAGCUUCAAUCAGAGCUCACAUCUUAUUAGACAUCAGAGAAUCCACACAGGGGAGAGGCCCUUUGACUGCAGUGAGUGUGGGAAAAGCUUCACUAGCAGCUCAGACCUUUCUCAACAUCAUAGAAUCCACACGGGGGAGAGGCCCUUUGAAUGCCGUGAGUGUGGGAAAAGCUUCACUCAAAGAUCAGUCCUUUCUAGACAUCAGAGAAUCCACACAGGGGACAGGCCCUAUGAAUGCACUGAGUGCGGGAAAACCUUCAAUCGCAGUUCGCACCUUAUUAGGCAUCAAACAAUCCACGAGGAGAGAGGCCCUAUGAAUGCAGUGAGUGUG